GCAAAUGACCUGGCUGGAUCUGGAGAAGUCGCUGCCCGGAUUCGGCGGCGACUUCUCCCGCGCCUGCGCCGGCCUCGGCGGCGGGCCCCCGGCGAGCGGCGCGGGCGGCGCGCCGCGGGAGGCAGCUCCGGCCGACCGCCCGGCACCCGUGGCGGAGGCCGCCGCCGCGGCCGCCGCGGGCGCGGCGCCCGAGGCCGCCGCGGCG